AUGAUGCGCCCACGGCCUGCGUCUUCUAUGCAGAAGACAUACGAUGAGUGCUAUCUCUUGUGCUCGACUGCGGUCUACUUUGAAGGCCAGGUAUGUAGCGUGGGCGGUGGAAAGAUGGCUGUCAUUCCCAAAUUGCUCAUGCCCCAGCAGAAUAACGAAGAGGAAGCAUUGCGAUCCUGGCGAUCCGCCCUCGAAACCAUCUACCACCACAAUGCUCGCCGCGUACCAUCGACCUAUACUCCCAAAUCCGAAACCGAAAAAGUUCUGCAGGAUUCCAUUCGCAACCUAGAAAUCCAAUGCCGCGAGCGAGUCGACUUACUUGAAGCUCUGCGGGAGAGCAGAAAAGAGUCUCCGGAAGCCAACGGUAGCAAAGAGGGACCGGCGACGCUUGUCAAGGGCAAGUUCACCGCCAGUGCGCCGGCGCCGUCCUCGUCCAACACCCCCGGCUGGAUCGGCGAUGGGACCAUCCCCGCAGUGGGCUACACCGACCUCUCCAAACCGGCCGCCAUCCCCGGCCGCCCCGGGGCACCACCGAACGUGAGACAAAAUUCAGAACCAUUAUCACUGUACGAUGACCCUGCGCCCGCGGCUCCCUCGCCGGCCGGGUCGCCGGCCUUGCGCGUGAACUCGAAUUCCUCGACCAAGACGAAAUCCCGCGGCUCCAGUCCCGAGCGACGCAAACCGCUGUUGACGACGCUGCGCAACACCGACGGCAAGAAAAAUGGCAAGAAGACCAAGGCCCAUCCCAAGCGCAAGGAGAUGCGGCCGGCCGCCUCCAAAGCGGCCGGCCUGGCCUGGGGCAGUAUCUAUCGCGCCCCGUCGAACGGGAAGACCGUGAGUGAUGCGGCGCUGGCGUCGUCGCGCCAGAGUGCUGCCAACGACCCGAGCUUCCGUCGCGAUCCAGACCCGAGGUCCAGCUCUGGUGACGAGCCCUCGUCCAGUAGAAGACGAGCGCCAUCGGACCUGGCCGUGGACCGCAUCCCCGCUGCAAACUGGCGGGAGCCUCAUCUCUCGCCGCCGGAUCGCUCUUCGCCCCGGCUGCCGGUUCAGCCGGCGUCGCGUCGGCCACAGGCUCACUCUGAACCCCGCAAACCCCCAUCCGUCACCUCAGUGCCCAUGCCGGAUCCGGUCGAUUUCACUUAUCCUGCCGUGUCUGUUCCCAAACCAUCCAUCAAACCCAAGCCUGUCGGUCUACGGUCUGCGCCUCCGCCGCCUGCCCGCGCGACACAGGCUACUCGGUCUGAAACCAAUUCUCGGCCGAUCACGCCUCGGCUUGAUCGCGAGACGAAUCAAUCGAGUCAUCAGUCCCCGACAACGUCCACGCCGCGAACCACUAAACCUCAUGUCUCGCCAUCGCUUGGUAGUGGAGAUGAACUCCAUCGCGGUGUCGAUCGGAUGGCGAUCUCAACACAAAACGGUGACAGUGCAACCCGGCGGAAACCGCCUCCAGCGAAACGCCGAGAGACGCCCCCAUCCAGCGAUCAGGAAUCGUGGGAGCAACGGUCGACAGAAGGCGACGCAGAAGACGAGGAUGAAGAUGACGAUUAUGACAUUGUAAAGAUCACAAACAAGCUGCCCAAGGGCGUGGACCUCCAGUCAGCGCGACAGAUUUUGAACGACAUCGUUGUCCGCGGCGACGAGGUGCACUGGGACGACAUUGCUGGUUUGGAUGGAGCCAAAAAGGCCCUCAAGGAAGCAGUGGUGUACCCAUUCCUCCGGCCUGACCUCUUCUCGGGUCUACGCGAGCCAGCCCGCGGAAUGCUUCUAUUUGGCCCUCCGGGCACGGGCAAGACCAUGCUCGCACGAGCCGUCGCCACCGAGUCAAAUUCGACCUUCUUCUCUGUCUCGUCAUCGACCCUGACAUCUAAAUGGCACGGCGAAAGCGAGAAGCUCGUACGUGCGCUGUUUGGGCUCGCCAAGGUGCUGGCGCCGUCUAUCAUUUUCGUGGAUGAGAUUGACUCGCUGUUGUCUGCGCGCUCGUCUGGCUCCGAGCAUGAAGCCUCGCGUCGUUCUAAAACCGAGUUUCUCAUUCAGUGGUCCGACCUCCAGCGUGCUGCUGCGGGCCGCGAACAGUCCAGUCGAGAUAAGAAGGAAGGCGAUGCCAGCCGCGUGCUGGUGCUGGCGGCCACUAACAUGCCGUGGGACAUCGAUGAGGCAGCGCGUCGCCGCUUUGUCCGUCGUCAGUACAUCCCACUGCCAGAGCAUCAUGUGCGCGAGCAGCAGCUGCGCAAGCUAUUAAGUCACCAGCACCAUGAGCUGAGCGAUGCCGAUAUCCAGGUUCUGGUUCAUGUCACGGAGAGCUUCUCUGGCUCCGAUAUCACAGCCCUCGCCAAAGACGCCGCCAUGGGUCCUCUCCGCAAUUUGGGCGAAGCCCUUCUUCACACCCCGAUGGAACACAUCCGUCCCAUCAGGUUCCAAGAUUUCGAGGCCAGUCUGUACUCUAUCCGGCCCAGUGUUUCUGCGGAUGGGCUACGAAAAUACGAGGAAUGGGCGCGAGAGUUUGGCGAGCGAGGUGGAUAA